UCAAGACACAAACGAGUCUGCAAAGUGGGAGUACAUGCUCAUGUGAUCUAAAACUUCUGACUUUCUGAGGAGGAACUCAAACUGUUUCCGAAGGACUCUCUGCAAAAAAGCACCUCUGGGUGGGCGUACUGUACAAGCCUAAGCCAGCACAUGAGACACGGGGACGGAGGAAGACACGCAGGCAAGGCAGUAAGAGUUUGGAAAUGUCAAAUCCGUGGUCGGUGUUGGAGUUUACAGCGCGCUCCACAUAGCCAAUCAUUUGGCUGCAGUCAGCUCAGCCUCUGCCGGAGUUGUUUUGGAGCCUGAGCCCAGUGUGAUACUGUGCGUAAAAUCUACCUGUCAGACGCAACAGCGGUGCCAUGGCGGGCAGAGCUCAGCGAGCAAAGUCCGUUCGCUCACAGGCGGAAUAACUUCCUUUUUAACGGAUGCCAUAUGUUGUGCUGCGAAGACAGUUUACCCAGAAAUAAUCGAAUGAUAAUGUGAUGUAUAAAGGUGGCUGCGUCCGUCUCCAUCGACUCAGUUGCGCCGAGGAAUGAUGCUGAACCAAGCUGCCGGAGGAUUUUCCACUACAGCUACCAGACUGCCAAAGCUUUUGGACUGAUCCACCAGACAUUUGACGCAGCCAUCAUGGAGAGCCUGAGUGAGCUUCAGAACCCCCUGCUAGACAAAACGAGCAGACACGUGGUGCACAACGAUUACCAGGGUUACCAGUGUGACUACCCAAGCCAGCCUUACCAAGACAGCCUCAUUGGCUACUACUACACUGACACUAAUGGGAAGCAUAAGGCUCAACAGUUCCUGGAUGCCACAUCCCUGCAUCUAGCUGUAGAGGCCUUCUACAGGCCUAACUUUAUCCUGUACAAGGAUGACGUGAGUCUUCACAGCAAGGACUCCAAGAGCGAGAGCUUUGAGACUACUUUCACAGAGAGUAAGGACACCAUGUUGGAUGGAGUUUCCACAGACAACCCUCAGGACAACUCAGAGAGGGAAGGAGAGAAGGAUGAGAAGAUCCAGACGGUGUCGUACGAAGUGGAGGAGGAGCAGGGCCCUGAGUAUGAGAGUGACAGCUCCAGUGACAGCGAGAGUGAGGACAACUUCAUCGUGCUGCCCCCUCGGGACUACCUGGGCCUAGCCAUCUUCUCCAUGCUCUGCUGCUUCUGGCCCUUGGGCAUCGUUGCCUUUUACUACUCUCACAAGACUGGCAAGGCCAUCGCUAAGGGAGACUUCUCCAGAGCAGGAAUGAGCUCCAGAAGAGCUCUAUUCCUGGCUGCCCUUUCCAUCACCAUUGGAACAGGGAUGUAUGUGGGGGUGGUUGUGGCCCUCAUAGCCUACCUGUCCAAACCUGGACACGUAUAGCACUGGGACCUGUUUGCUUGGGGGGAGUAAAUAGAAAGAAGAGGCAAGACGUGAUGAAGGGAAAAGACUAGGUUGUACAGAUCUCUUCACCUCUCCUGAAGGCGCGUGCCUGUGCUGCUACUUGGUUGCCGGUGAAAAGAAGAAGCUGUAUGACAAGAAAAGACUCAACUGGAAAGAGAGAGAAAACAAGACACAACAAGAUGUGUGGAUGGAGGUUUUCUUGGACUGCAUAUUGAUCCAGAGUGAAUCUUUACUUCUGGGAUGCAACACUCCCAAGGUAUUCCACCACGCAAUGAAGAGAAACAGAGCUGAGAAACUACUUUUCCAUUAAGGCUGUGAUGUACUUGUAUGUUAGAUUAUAAACUGAGCUCAUAUUAAAGAACUACCUAACUUUUACUGCAUUAGUCAUUUACAGCAAUUUUGUUUAACCUUUAUAGUAGAUGCAUAUCCUCUGUCAGCACUAUCGCAGAUCGUGUAUUGCCCACCUUCUGAUUUCUUGGAAAAACAGUCAGCCAGUGGGUUUUUGUGUGAUUGUUUAUUCAAGAAAUAUACAAGAAAUUGAUUCAGUCAGUAAACAGAGAGAUGAAAAUAAACAACAGUGAUUGUCACAGUGUACACAAAGUUGCUGAACAGCAGUCAAAAAAGUUAUUUGUGUUUAUUGUGUACUGUAACAUUAGUCAAUAAAUAACUACAUUUGGCAUGAAUAAUGAAACGUCCUCUGCCAUGUCUUUCAUUCUCUUAUUCAUCAUCUCUUUGAGAGCAAUGUCUGCAUCCUACUUUUAGCCCAACUGCUACUUCUGCAGUUGCCAUGAGGUAAGUGGAAAUAUCAAUGAAUCAACUCAACUCAAUCAGCUAAACAUG